UUAGAAGUGGAAAAAUAGAGGUGUCAAAGUGUAUUACUAUCUCCUUAAAAACACUGUUAAGAGAGGUUUUAUGGAGAAAAAUUCACAAACACAAGACAAGUUUACAUUUGUUUCAAGGUUAUCAGCUGCUUAGAGCUGACUAGGAGUGGUGAUCUGCCCUCCCUGCGCAGCCAAGUAGACUGACAAAUACACUGUUCUUUCUGCGCAAAUAUGGGAAGCAUUAUUGCCAUAUAGUGUGUACUGUACUGUGUAAAAUAGCAAUUUAUUAAACGUGUGAUUAUAAUUCGACCCUGGUCCUGGUCUUACAGGAGAUGGGGAUUGGAGGGGCAGCCUUGCAGGUCCCCAUCUGUGCAUGAGGGAGCACUGCAGCGGCCACAGGUCCCCAUCUCUUCAUGAAGGAGCACUGCAGUGGCCACAGGUCCCCAUCUCUGCAUGAGGGAGCACCACAGGGGCUGACACAGCUGGGAGAGGUGGUGGCAGAAGCAGGCACAAGGAACACAGUACGUGGGUGGGCGAGUGCCUGGAGAAGGCAGAGAGGUGUGGACGCUUGCAGAUGUUCUGCAUUCCGAGGCUGGGAAGCUCCCCUGCCCUUUCCCUUUUUUAUAUUCAGCGUGGCUUGACCUGUGCCCUAAGGCACAAACUGUAACUCAGCCCUCUAUCUGGGCAGGAUUACUGAUCUUGUGUUUUCAGGGACUGCAGCUAUUGCACUUUCCCUGGGAGCCGCUUGCGCCUGGCACACUUUCAAAUCCCCACUCCCGCAUUUAGCUUUAAACUAAAAAUUCCUCUGGUGAAACGAAGGCUGGAGAGCCCAAACAGACCAUACGGAACCCUACGAAUAACAAACAAACCCGCUCCCGCUUUCCAGUCAGGAUAUUUAUUUUCCCCUCAGACCCUGGGCCAGACCCCCUCGCCCUCUCCCCUUAGCCCGAAAGCCGUUGGGCGGGGCGGGGCCGCACCCGCUCCCCUCAGCGCCGCCCCGCCCUAACUGCCGGCGCGCGAGGAGGAGGGGGCGGGGCGAGCCGCGGCGAGGCGGCCGCCGUUGCCUGGGGUGUGGGGUAGAGGAACGGGAAACGGGGCGCGCCGGCCUUACCCCUCCCCUCUUUCGCAUCUACGAGCAUGCGCGGCUCCGCGUAACGGCCGCGGCGCGAUGGUGAGGUGGGGGGGCGGAGUGCGCCUGCGCCGUGCCGGGCGACGCCUCCGCAGCACGGGCGGGACCGGAUCCGCCGCCCCCGCCGCCCUCCCCACUCCCCCGCCUUCCUCCUCAGCCCCGCUCGCUGCCCGCCCGUCUGCCCUCGGGACGCUGAGGCGGCAGGGGACGCGCUGGGAGCCCCGCGCGGCUGCAGGCGCCGUCGUGUGUGCAGCGCGGAGGGCGGCCGCAGGGCUCGCAGCGCGUCGGCGGAGCGGCAGCAGUCACUCAAGUGCAGCCACUGAUCAUGAGAUGCUACCACGGAACCUACCUCAGAAUUCGCUCUUGGUCGUUUGUUUGCUGCAUCACUAUAAAUCUCAACAGGAGCCCUGCAGAUACUCUUGAAAGUCUCUGAACAGAUUGUGACAUCGAAUCAAAGAAUGAUGACCUAAUGUAGGUCAAAGUCUGAAACAUCGAUUCAGCAGUUCAAGAUAACACUGCCUUUUUUUUUUUAUCAGUAUCGCCUCUGAAGGCUACAGAUCUCCUGCAGUUUCUUCCCUGGUUACUUCUGAAAUAUUCAGCUGACCUUUCUCUGGCAAAAAGAUCUUGACUUUUCACUCUGGUCCUGGAAAUAUUAAUGGAAUACAGUCAUGUCUACCCAGGACGAGAGGCAGAUAAAUAGUGAAUAUGCUGUGUCCUUGCUGGAGCAGUUAAAAUUCUUUUAUGAGCAGCAGUUGCUAACUGACAUAGUAUUGAUUGUUGAGGGCACCGAAUUUCCAUGCCAUAAGAUGGUUCUUGCAACGUGCAGCUCGUAUUUCAGAGCCAUGUUCAUGAGGCGGCUAAGUGAAAGUAAACAAACACAUGUACACCUGAGGAAUGUGGAUGCAGCCACGCUACUUAUCAUAGCUUACGCAUACACGGGUAACUUGGCAAUAAGCGACAGCACAGUAGAACAGCUUUAUGAGACUGCCUGCUUCUUACAGGUAGAUGAUGUGCUACAGCGGUGUAGGGAAUACUUAAUCAAAAAAAUUAAUGCAGAAAAUUGUGUGCGUCUGUUAAGUUUUGCUGAUCUCUUCAGCUGUGAGGAGUUAAAACAGAGUGCUAAAAGAAUGGUAGAGCACAAGUUCACAGCUGUGUACCACCAGGAGGCUUUCAUGCAACUGUCACAUGAUCUACUGAUAGAUAUUUUAAGCAGUGACAAUUUAAACGUGGAAAAGGAGGAGACAGUUCGUGAAGCUGCUAUGUUAUGGCUGGAGUACACGGAAUCACGAUCGCAGUAUUUGUCCUCUGUUCUUAGUCAAAUCCGUAUCGAUGCACUUUCAGAAGUAACGCAGAGAGCCUGGUUUCAAGGCUUACCACCCAACGAUAAAUCAGUGGUGGUGCAAGGAUUGUACAAAUCUAUGCCCAAGUUUUUCAAGCCCAGACUCGGUAUGACAAAAGAGGAGAUGAUGAUAUUCAUUGAAGCUGCUGGAAACCCUGGUAGUCUUUAUUCUUCUGUCUGUUACAGCCCACAGGCAGAAAAAGUUUACAAACUCUGCAACCCUCCUGCUGACUUACAUAAGGUUGGAACACUCGUAACUCCUGACAAUGAUAUCUAUAUAGCAGUGGGACAAGUUCCUCUGAAAAGCACGAAAACCAAUCAUAGUAAAAGCAGCAAACUCCAGGCUGCCUUCAGAACUGUGAAUUGCUUUUACUGGUUUGAUGCACAGCAAAACACGUGGUUCCCAAAGACACCGAUGCUCUUUGUUCGUAUAAAGCCAUCCCUGGUCUGCUGUGAAGGAUACAUCUAUGCAAUUGGAGGCGACAGUGUUGGCGGAGAGCUCAACAGGAGAACUGUAGAAAGAUAUGACACUGAAAAAGAUGAAUGGACCAUGGUAAGCCCGUUGCCUUGCGCGUGGCAGUGGAGCACAGCAGUAGCAGUUCACAACUAUUAUGUAAUGGCACACAACUUGAUGUACUGUUAUUUUCCCAGGUCAGAUGCUUGGGUAGAAAUGGCUAUGCGACAGACAAGUAGAUGUUUUGCUUCAGCUGCUGCUUUUGGCGAUAAAAUAUUCUACAUUGGAGGACUGCAUAUUGCCAGCAAUUCUGGUAUAAGGCUCCCAAGUAGUACUGUAGAUGCUUCCGUAACUGUGGAAAUCUACGAUGUGAAAAAUGAGUGGAGAAUGGCAGCUAAUAUCCCUGCCAAGCGCUAUUCCGACCCAUGUGUUAGAGCUGUUGUCAUCUCUAAUUCUUUGUGUGUCUUCAUACGAGAAACCCACAUGAACGAGCGAGCCAAGUAUGCCACCUAUCAGUAUGACCUGGAACUCGAUCGCUGGUUUCUGAGACAGCACAUAUCAGAACGUGUGCUGUGGGACCUGGGGAAGGACUUCCGGUGCACUGUAGGAAAGCUGUAUCCAUCUUGCCUUGAAGUCCCGUGGAAACCUCCGACGUAUCUCUUUUCACCUGAUGGAGCAGAUGAAUUUGAGCUGGAUGGGGAGAUGGUUACUUUACCACCUGUAUAGCUCCCCAGUUAGACUGCACAACUGAUUCUGCACAGUUACCUUGAAAUAAAUGAUUGUGAAAGAACAGGUCUGGAAAGAGAAAUGUCAAACCUGUCCUUCAUGAAUUGUAUUUUUUAUGCCCUACCUAGCAGUUGCAGCAAUUGAGUAUGAAUCAGUGAAAUGAGCAGAUAUGCUUCCAUUAUCUGAAAUACUAUUAUCCGAUAAUUGAGAAACAUAUAUGUAUAUCAUGAGCUUAAGCAUCUGACUUGUCUAAAGAGUUAAUUUCUAGUUCUAUAAAGUCUUGGUUCAGGAAAAUUAGCUUCAGAAAAAAAGUAGUUACUAUUUCUAGGAUGAUGUCACAACUGUUUUGAAAGUAUCUUCCAGUUAUAUUUGAACUACUUCUGGAUAUUUUACUUAAGUGCUAGUUAUAUAAUUGUCAGUGUGGCCUAAUUAAAGGACUGUGCUGCACUUAAUACUAAUAUCCAUGUUGGUAUAGUAAUGCCAUUAAAGAAAAAAAAAAAGAAACAAAUCCCAUGGAUCUACCUGUGGUAGGAAGGGUAGAUCUUCCAUUGUAUGGUAACAUGCAGGGCAAAAUGACUGCAGGUUCAGUCAAGCUGUACUAUUAGGUGCAUGUACUCUAUUUCACUAACUUAUACCUGUCUGUUUAGAAUACAGGUCUUCCAAGCAGCUGGUAGUUUACCAGGUGUGGACUUAAGUUGCUGGGCUUGCAAUAGGAAUUGUCAGCCCUCAUAGUGCGGGUCUAUGUGGAGCUUUAAUCAGUAAAUCCUCCACAUUCUGUAUUACAGUAACAUUGGCUCAUGUAUAUUACUUCCUGCUGCUGAUGUAUUUUUCCAUUGUAAAACAAGUUUUAGUGUGGAUUAACCAGGUCUUUAUUUUCUGUUAAUUUAAUAACAAGCAUUACUGUAGUGUGAUUGUGUAUAGAUAUCCCUUAGCUAUCAGGUUUUUUACUUGCGGGGAGGGGGGGAAGCAACAGUUCAGGAAUAUCCUGUGCUCGGUGUGCAGGAGAGCAGAUGACUAGUGCUGCUCUGGCAUUAAUCCCAGGAACCACUAGCAGUAGCGGGGCACCGCCAACGUAACAUGAACACAGGUGCUUCAUGACAAACCGUACUAGCAUGUUCAGCUGCAUCAUGUUCUGGCACUGUAUUUUGAAUGACAUUAAUUUAUUAAAAAAGACUGAAUCCAA